CUAGCCGCUAGCUUGCUGACUGUUGUCUGUUUCGGGACAGGUGGAAUCUCCGGUUUGACGAAGCCGCUGUUGUUCUCACAACAAAAGGGAACCGACCCGGAGAAAACGCCUUAAUUUUCGUUACGGAACACAAACAUGGAACCGUCGUCGUGGAUUUAAACGAUUUCCGCUGAUUUUAAGCGAUAAUUUUAGCGGGUUUUGAGUGAAACAAUGUCCCAGGGAGAAGGGAGAAAUUUGAGAAAAUACUGCGCAGUCACCGUUUAAUGGGAGCGGUGACCUGAGCAGAUAUGGCAGCUGACGACAAGGUUGCUAUCCUGACGGACGAUGAGGAGGAUCAGAAGAGGAAGUAUGUGUUGGCGGAGCCGUUUAACACCCUGUCCAUGGUGCAGCAGGCAGGCGUGUCCACGCCGGCGCCGCCUGAAGAGCUGUCCAUGCCGCAGCCCGACCCUGUGGACUGCUGCGAGAGGAUCUGCCUCCGCAUUAACAACCACCUCCUCAUAUCUAAAAUCUUCUACUUCUUCUUCUACGCUGCCUACGGCUCAUUACAUCCCCUGCUGGCGGUCUACUAUAAACAGCUCGGCAUGUCGGCCAGUCGCAGCGGCUUGCUUGUUGGCAUUCGGUACUUUAUAGAGUUCUGCAGCGCCCCCUUUUGGGGCGUAGUGGCGGACCGUUUUAAGAAAGGGAAGGUUGUGUUGCUGUUUUCCGUCAUGUGUUGGUUGGUGUUCAACUGUGGCAUCGGCUUUGUCAAACCAGCAGAGAUGAAGUGUGAAGAAAAAGGUGUUUCUACGACGACGGUUCCUCCACUGUUCACCACUCUUCCUCCUGGCAACGUCACCUCUCCAAGCAACUCCACUAACCACACCAGAAGCCGGCGGAGCAUCUUGGACAUGCCUGAAGUUCUUGAAGUGUUGCACAGUUCCUUUAACGUUCUCUACAGGCAAAAACGAAGCCUCGAUGACAGCACCUCAGCUCUCUUCUUGCCGUUAAACACCACACAACUGGUGCCCAACUCCACCCUACAGACUACCACCACCACGUCCCCAGCUACAACCUCCAAGAAGGAGUACCAGAUCAUCUACAACCAGGACCAGGUGAAUAGCAUCUUCCUGCUUAUCCUGCUCGUCAUUAUUGUAGGCGAGUUCUUCAGCGCACCUGCCGUCACCAUCGUGGACACCGUCACCCUGCAGUACCUGGGGAAGGCCCGUGACCGAUAUGGCCUGCAGAGGAUGUGGGGCUCCCUGGGCUGGGGUCUGGCCAUGCUGGGAGUGGGCAUCUGGAUUGACCACACGCACAUCACCGUCCCGAUCGAAGGCGUCGGCUGCAUCCUGCCGGACUACCGCCUGCACAACUACCGACUCGCCUUCAUCAUCUUCGGCGUUCUGAUGGGUGUGGCCUUCGUGGUGGCUACUCAGUUCUACUUUGAAAAGGGAGAGGAGUACCGACAGGAGCUGCCAGAGGUGGUGGAGGACCCAGCAAACCCUCAGGCAUCACCAGAGUCCAGCUCCUCAGACCAGACCCCGGUCAACUCUGAGGCCACCCAGGAGUUCCACUACGGUGACCUGCUGAGGCUGUUGUGCACAGUCCGCUACAGCUCCGUCCUCUUCGUCGCCUGGUUCAUGGGCUUCGGCUACGGCUUUGUCUUCAGCUUCCUGUACUGGCACCUGGAGGACCUGAAGGGGACCACUACGCUGUUCGGGGUCUGCUCCAUCCUGAGCCACGUCUCAGAACUCGCAGCUUACUUCACCAGCCACAAGUUCAUCGAGCUCGUUGGUCACGUCAGAGUGCUGUACAUCGGCCUGGCCUGCAACACAGCUCGGUACCUGUACAUCUCGUACCUGGAGAACGCCUGGAUUGUUCUGCCCAUGGAGGUCCUGCAAGGUGUGACCCAUGCUUCGGUUUGGGCCGCUUGUAUUUCCUUCCUGAGCGCUGCCGUCCCUCCAGCUCUGAGGACGUCAGCGCAGGGGAUUCUGCAGGGUCUGCACCUCGGACUGGGCCGAGGCUGCGGAGCCAUGGUGGGAGGAGUGUUCGUCAGUUAUUUUGGCGCUGCAGAGACAUUUAGAGGAAUCGGGAUGGCCUCUUUGGUAAUUCUCCUCAUCUUCUCCUUCAUCCAGUGUCUGACUCAAGAGAUCGAAGGAAAAGAGGACAAAAUGCUGGCUGAGAACAUCCCAGUUCCCUCCAGCCCGGUCCCCAUCGCCACCAUCGACCUGGUUGAGAGCCAUAGUGCUCCCGGCAGCCCGGCGACGCCUCAGCCGGCCGUGGCGCUGCCCGUCAGGAAAACCAAGCACCAAGAGGACCAGGAGGACGUGACGAGGCCGGCCUGGGUGCUAUCCAGCUCCCCCUGGGUCACCAUCACCUUCACGUUGGUCCAGAUCAGGGAGAUGAUGAACAUGAAGAAGAACAGAGGCCCCCCUGCAGAGAACCAGCCACUGCAGGCUCCUAAAGGCCAGCCGCCAGCUGAGUACGAGGCGGUGGCCACUUCGCACGGGGACCAGACCGCCUCUGAGACGCAGCCGGAUUCUUCCCGCCCAGAUUCCGUCUCUGACAGAGGAAGGUCUGCAGAAAACACGCUCUGACUUACUUUGCUCCUGCAGCUCGGUCCUAAAUGAAGUGUUAAAACCUGCUUUUGUGGGGAAAUCUUCUCACCAGUCUAUAAACACUGUAUUUAAAUAUUUAUGUAAAACUAAUGGCCUUUAUAAGCCGGUGCGAAGGUCCAGAAAAUGUUUGCAAACUACUGAAGUUAUUGAGGGUUUUCUCUUUAUUUCAAGACUUGAUUUAGUUUUUCCAGCAGUAACUUGAAGCAGAGGUGCUUACAGUGGUUUAAACUCCUAAAGGUGAAUAAAUCCAACGCACCUUCUGCUCUCUGUGGACUGUAUUUACUGCCACUGGACUGUGAAGGACGUUCCUUCAGAUGCAGAAGUGCUUCUCCCUAACUUAUUGAAGUUAAUUUAGCUGAACGGUGAUCUCAAUCGUAACAUAUUCAACGUUUAAAAGAAGUGAUGAAAUGCACAUUUAGGAAAUCAUUCAUUUUUUCUUUCAACACUGGUUGGUUUUGUUCUCUACAGACUGGCUGCUUAAAAACGCCAAACAUUUAUGCAUCAAAGGUUAUUUUGUCUGUUUUUAAACCAGCAGAAUAAUUCUUUACAUAUCUGUAAAUCAGCUGUCCAUCAAGUCAGGUUCAUGUUAGUUAAUAAAAUGUAUCUAACUUUC